GGUUAACUGGUGUCGAUGAGAGGAAGAGGGAGGGGUAAAUACCAAGAGAGAACUGGCUGUGUUAAAGAAGGAAGAACAAGCUUCUGCUGUGUCUUAGCCUUAACCAAACCGACAAAUGUCGACAUGGUACAACAGUAUGCACCCCGUCUACCACGGCAGAAAUCUUUCAUUCCUCCGCAGAUUCCAAAUCCAUUUGUGCAUGAAGUGGACUUGAGUCUGGCCAGCAAGAUACGUAUGGUGUUAUGUGCUCUGGUUCUUCUCCCAAUCCGAGUUGUACUCUUUAUGGUUGUGCUAACGCUGGCAUGGUUAAUUGCAAAGAUUUCUACCAGCUGUUGUACUGAUAAGAUGACUCAGCCAAUCAGAGGCUGGAGACGGAAUGUCACAAAGUCCAUUAUUGGCACAGUUGGUCGCCUCUUUUACAUCUGUAUGGGAUUCCAUGUCCGUGUACAGGGAAAACCAGCAUGUUCAACCGAGGCCCCCAUCAUUGUAGUUGCUCCACACUCUUCCUUUUUCGAUGGCAUUGCAGUGAUUGUAUCUGGAAUGCCCUCCAUUGUGUCCAGGGCUGAAAAUGUUGCUGUGCCCAUGUUUGGCAGAAUACUUAUGUCUCUCCAGCCUGUACUUGUGUCACGCGUGGACCCGGAUUCCCGUAAAAAUACAAUCAGUGAAAUAAAAAGACGCGCAUCAUCAGGAGGGGAAUGGCCACAGAUACUAAUGUUUCCUGAGGGUACCUGUACAAAUCGAUCAUGUUUAAUCUCUUUUAAACCAGGUGCAUUUCUUCCUGGAGUUCCAGUUCAACCUGUUAUUCUGCGAUACCCCAAUAUACUGGACACUGUGACUUGGACAUGGCAGGGAUACUCUGUUCCCAAACUCAUGCUCAUGACACUGUGCCAAAUCUGCACCAACGUGGAAGUUGAGUUCCUUCCUGUGUACGUGCCCUCUGAUGAUGAAAAGAGAGAUUGUUUCUUGUAUGCAAACAACGUUCGACAAGUCAUGGCCCAGGCUCUGGGGCUGCCUGUGACGGACCACACGUAUGAAGACUGCAGACUGAUGUUGACAGCUGGAGAGUUGACCUUGCCUAUGGAAGCUGGUCUUGUGGAGUUCACUAAAGUCAGCAAGAAGUUAAACCUAAAGUGGGAUAACAUCAGGAGUCAGUUGGAGGUAUUUGCUACAAUUGCUGCCUCAUCCAAAGGAGGAAGAAUAGGGAUGGAAGAGUUUUCCUCCCACCUCAAGCUUCCAGUAUCUGAGGUUCUGAGAGAGCUGUUUGCAUUGUUCGACAGGAACAAAGAUGGCACCAUAGAUUUCAGAGAAUAUGUAAUCGGUGUAGCAGUGCUUUGCAAUCCUGCCAAUACAGAGGACACCAUUCAGCUGGCAUUUAAGCUGUUUGAUGUUGAUGAAGAUGGCAGUAUAACGAUGAAUGAGUUCACUUCCUUGCUGCAGUGUUCUCUGGGAGUGCCAGAUCUCGAUGUCUCAAAACUAUUUAUGGAAAUGGACGCAGACAAGUCAGGAAAAAUCUCUUACGAAGAGUUUAAGAACUUUUCCCUGAAGCAUCCAGAAUACGCCAAGUUGUUCACAACUUACUUGGACCAUCAAAGGUAUUACCUGCACAUGCUGCAGGAAGAGGAGAACCUGAAACAGUGUUUAGAGGCUCAGAAUACAGAAGCCGCUGUACAACCUACAAUCGGAGUGGUUGAGACCGUCGGCAUUUCGGAUAAAAAAGAGGACUGAAGAUAUACACAAUUGUAUCACCUUCUUGAGAAUCCUUUAAAACUUUUUUUUAACCCUGUUGAUGCUAAAUAUAAAAACAUGAGCCGACUGGUAAUUGAAGCAAGUUCAAGCACAUGUUAAAAAUAACAAAAGCCUAUUAUGUGCACCUGUGUAUCACUGUAACCUAAAAUAAAGUGUUUUAUUAUACAAUGAUACAA